UAAAAUUUUUUUACCGACCCUGGGGCAGCGUUACGUUACCCCCCCACGACCGUCGUGGUUUUCGCUCAUGGCUGGAAUUGCCGUAGCAGAAUUCAAGAAUUACUGGAGGUUACUGCAAGAACGUGUCCGUUGGCGCGGGUAGACUGAGCCAGGCCGAGGUAGGGCAGCAUCGGGCAAGAUAUCGCCGCGCGAGAGAACGGAGUGGUCGACGUUCGCGAGGCUUUUGCGUACACGGCAUCGUAUGCCUAACGCCGGAAAGGAGGGCAGGUAGGGAGGCGGAAGGGCGGAGAAGCAACGCUCGUACACGGGAGAAAGUCCGUAACACCGACGAGAGGAGGCAUCGGGCGAUACGUCGCUAGGUCCGUAACGCUUCUUCUCUACGAAAAUUCCCUCACGAAUGGACAUUUGUAAUAGAUAGCGAUGGAAGGCCCAUUAGAGAUAAAAAGCUCCGGCGCGGGUGUGGAGGAGCCGAUAAAAUCCGAAGCUCCUGUACAAAAUUCCGACAACAGCGAGCGAGGCGAAGGCGCAGCCUCGCCGCCUCCAAAUUGCAGCAUUUGCCUGGGCAAGCUGGUUAAUACGUCCUUCACGGACAGCUGCCUGCAUCAGUUCUGCUUCACUUGCCUGCUCCAAUGGUCUAAAAUUAAGACGGAGUGCCCUUUGUGCAAACAAACCUUCAAAUCGAUUAUACACAAUGUGAGAUCGGAAGAGGAUUACGAUCAGUAUCAUGUACCGCGCGAGUUGGUGUCGCAGAUACCUCAGUCGCAUUCCUUAACUGCCACCUUGGACGUCAACUUCGAUGUCGAUUGGAAUGUUGGCCCUCGUCGAUUCGUUUACAGGACAACGAUGACUGGCAAUCGUCGUCACGGAGUGGUGCUGAACCCAGAGCAAGUUACAAGACGCGAGCAAUUGCCCAGCAUAGCGCCUCAAGUGCCUGUGGAAGAACGUAGACGUAGACGUGCUAAUCCUACAGAUUAUCGCCGUAUUGUUUACAGGCAUGGUAUAUGGGCCACUUCGCUGCCCGACAUGUUCGGACGCUUCCGCGAAUGUAGCCCUGAAUAUUACAGAAGAGAGCCGCAGGAAUUGGAGCGCCUUAUACCGUGGCUGAAUAGAGAGCUGCAAAUUUUACUUAAUAACGAACCAACCCAUAUUGCAUAUGUGUUGAAUGUAAUAAUGGAUGCCUUAAUUCAAUACGAUAUUAGAAGUAUGGAAUUUCGGAAUAUUGUGCGGCCGUUUUUCGUUAUGCAUACAAAUCAUUUCAUACACGAAUUCUUAAAUUUUGCCGAAACCAACUUUGAUUUGGUUGGAUACGAUCAAUCUGUUUCCUAUCUGCCACGUGGUUUGUCAAACGAAUAUGCGACUAGUAUUGAAUCGUCUAGUAGCAGUACCAAUAGCAGCAGCAGCAGCAGCAGCAGCAGUAGUAGCAGCAGUCUUGUCUCCGAUAACUCUGACGUUCGAAUACUCUCUGAAGCGAUCGAUCUGAGAGUAAACGCUGAGAUACCGAAUACAUUAUCGCACCCUAUUAGCAUGCCAGGUCCUAGUGCAGUAGGACAGAUGUUUCGCAGAGUAGAAACGGCCAACAAUGUACCACAUGUACCAGAACUCUUGAUCCUUUCAUCGAGCUCCUCUGAAUCGGAUGGCGAGUGUGAAAUAAUUGGCUAUAUAAAACCACGCCAUGAAAGAACACCGGAAAUCAUAGAGUUACUUUCCUCUGACCCCGAGCAUGUGUCUGUUCCUCUUACAUCGAAUGGAAAUACAAGAAUACAAUCCACCGCAAGAAGAAUAAAUGUGGAAAAUGUGUCACUACCAAGUACAUCUCAUGCCACAAAAGGAUCAUCUUUGUCGUCUUGUUCGACAAGUAGUGAUGCUACUUCUGACAGUGAUUACACUCUAAAACCAAGGCGUAGCCGUUUGAAGAAAUCGGGGAAAAAGACAGUUAUACAAAAACAUAAAAGAUCGUAUGGAACAGGAAGUCGAAAAAAGAUAUCUAAGAAAAGGAAAAUAUCCAGUUCUAGUGAAUCCUAUUCCAGCUCCUCUGAAGGUUCACUAAAGAAAUGUAACGAAAAACGACCAAGAAAGACAAGAUAUAGAGUACAGGCUAAAGGUACAGGACGAAUAAAACUUAUUAAAAGAGAGGAAAGUUACUCAGCUGAGGCUUCAUCUAGUAGUGACAGCAGCAGCACGGAGGAGACCGAGAACAAGACGAAAAUCAAGAAGUCUUAUAGAGAAUAUAAAUCGAAAAGAAAUUCUCCCUCUAGUGCAAACGAUCAUACAGCAAAAAGUGGAAAGAGAACGAAAAGCAAAGAAAAAACGUUGAAUCUGGAAAAGUUCAAGUCUAAGAACAAAGAUCUGAAGUGUAGCGAAAAUGGACAACCUAGAUCUAGAAGUAACAGUGCAUCCUCUAAUGUUUCUGAACGAGAGAAGAGAACGAGCUGUAGGCACCGGAAAUUUCGAAAUACGAAUGAGUUUGGAAGUCAAGAUGACAGUGCCUCAAUAAAUAAAGAUGUGUCACGAAGUGAAUAUAAAUCUAAAUCAAAAAGGAAAGUAUAUUAUGCUUCGGAUUCGGAGGAUGAUUGUUUAAGGUCAAGUAGUCAGUGUAGUAAUUAUUCUAAUAAAUCCUAUUCGCAUUGGAGAAAAUCAAAACGUAAAGAAAAACAUAAAGAUAAGGAGCGUCAUAGUAGAACUAGUAGCAGAAUAUUCAAUUUAUCGCAAUCUAAUGCAAGUACAAUUUUAACCAUGUCUAUAUCGUCAAAAAAUGACGUGUAUCCAACGAAACAUUCCGAUCGUAACGGUCCCGAUUGUAAAGAAAAGCAUAAAUCACGCAAAGAAUCCAAGUAUAGAAAGUCCGAAAAUGAAAAGAAGUCAAGACCAAAGAAAAAAAGGCGACGUCUUCAAUCUUCUUCCACUUCGGGAUAAAAUCACGCUGUGCAAUUUGUAGUAAAUAUCAUAGAAUAAAAUUUGUUUUAAAUGACAUUUCACUUUUUACAAGAGAUGCAAUGAAUUGAAUUUAAUCAAGUGAAUUUCACAUUAUUGCAAAUUGCAACUAACAUGUAAAUGAACAGGCAUAUCCUGCGUGUCUGUGUAGAUUUAUAUUUUGUUCGUACACAUAUCGCUCUUCUUCAUAUGUUGCUAAUGUCACAGUUCAUAAUUGUCUCGUCAAUUAAUUAAUUAAUACAUUAUUUUAAUAUAGAUGUAAUUAAAAGAGAUAAGGAUAAUUAUGAUUCUUUUUUUCUUAUAAAAAUCAAUUUGUAUUUAAUAAUUUUAUUAUACCUGCUUUUGACAUAAAAAUAUAUCAAUAAAAGCAAGCAACAUCUUAUUCUCCAUAAUGAAAUGUAUAUAUUAAAAUAAAUUUGUAUUUGCGCAAUUGCAAAUUUCAACAUUAAAACAUUAUCUUGUUACGGCUG